CUAUUGAAAGCGGCAUCAACCAAGUCACAAAACACGAGACAGAAGUAGCAGCAUAUCACUAAUAUCUUUUUGGCGGCACCGUUUUCAACUUUCUAGUGAGAAAUUUUGAGUUUCUUGAUGGCAAUUUCAACCCCCUUUAUCUCUUCUUCUUCGUCUAAUUUGCUAUCUUUUUCGUUUGCAUCUUCUUUGGGUUGUUUCCGAACCCAUCAGGUUAGUUUUUUGAGGACUAAUCAUCGAAAUUUUAGUAAUAAUCAUGUAGCCUCAAAUGGACGGUUGUUGAUAAACUGUUGCUCCUCUUCUGACAUAGAUUCCUCUCAGAACCCCAUAAGCAUCAGGCAGCCUCAAAUGUCAUCUAUGUCUCCAUUUGGAGUGACAUUCAAUGAAGCUGGUAUGUCUAAGUCAUCCUUUAAAUGGCAAAGGGUGUUGCUUAAAGUGAGUGGAGAAGCACUUGCGGGAGAUAAUACCCAAAAUAUUGACCCAAAGAUUACAAUGGCCAUCGCUAGAGAGGUGGCAUCAGUGACUCGUCUUGGCAUUGAGGUUGCAAUUGUGGUUGGUGGAGGAAACAUCUUCCGUGGAUCUUCGUGGGCAGGAUGUAGUGGUCUUGAUCGCUCAUCUGCAGAUUAUAUUGGGAUGUUGGCUACAGUCAUGAAUGCCAUAUUUCUUCAAGCGACAAUGGAAAGUAUUGGAAUUCCCACGAGGGUACAGACGGCAUUUCGCAUGUCUGAGGUUGCAGAACCAUAUAUACGUCGAAGAGCUGUGAGGCAUUUAGAGAAAGGAAGAGUUGUGAUUUUUGCAGCUGGAACUGGGAAUCCAUUCUUCACCACAGACACUGCUGCAGCCCUUCGCUGUGCAGAAAUUAAUGCAGAGGUGGUUCUAAAAGCUACAAAUGUUGAUGGGGUCUAUGAUGAUGAUCCCAGGUGUAACCCAAAUGCUCAACUUCUUGAUACUUUAACAUAUCAAGAGGUGACUUCUAAAGAUCUGUCAGUAAUGGACAUGACUGCCAUUACUUUGUGCCAAGAAAAUAACAUUCCAGUUGUUGUCUUCAACUUAAGCCAACCAGGCAACAUCUCAAAGGCAAUAAAAGGAGAGAAGGUUGGUACAUUGAUUGGUGGGACAUGGAAUUCAGCAGUGGCAAGGACAUGAGCCAGAAAUCCAUUGCCAUUGGUGGUUUUGAGUUUCCGAUUUACAGGUCACUUGUUAUUGAAGCAAAAAUGUGUUUCGGUAAUCAAGGCAGCCUGUGGUAAGAUUAAUAGUUUAAAAACCAAUUGACAAAUCAUGAUCCAAAUUGACUUGUUAAUGUAUUCACAGCAUGAUUUUGUAUAUAAUUUGAUGCAGAACCACGAAACUGCCAGAGUUUUUGUAGCAAUAAUAAGUUCAUUCACCAGAUGUUAUUUGAAAACUGGUUUCUACUAUUUUUAUCA